AUGUCUCUAAAAAAGUUACGAAUUUACAAUAACUUAAUCUCCACCCCCAGAAUAAUCAUAACAUGCCUCUCAGCUAUAAUCGUAAGGUACUAUUUGAUGAUGUCUAAAUACCAAUCGGUCAUAGCAAAUCACGUAGAAGUAUCAACGCCCUUAAAUUCUUGGAAACGAGUUUCAGAAGGACUAUAUUUACUGUCUUUAAACAUCAACCCUUACGAGGGUGAUUUACUACAUGAAACACCAUUAUCCUUGUAUCUGUACAAGAAUAUAUUGCAAGUUUUCCAAGGAAAAAUCCAUCUAGCUUUUAUUACAUUGGACGUAACGACUGCAGUUGUGCUAUAUUUCACCACAAAGAAAUUCACUGAAGAUCUAUUCGUUGAAGAAGAGGAAAACAAAGCGACCUAUGCCAAAGAUGCUGAAGAAUGCUUUUUAAAGCCUGAUAAGUUAUUUAAAUCUUCAUAUUACGUACUACUCACUUAUUUAUUCAAUCCUUACAUUUUGUUUAGUUGCGUUGGAUAUUCAACAACGGUUUUUUAUAAUUUGUAUCUGUCUGUGAUGCUUUUUUCAAUGGUGCAUGGGAUACCAGUACUUUGUGGUGUAUUUUUAGCUAUUGCUGCAUCAGUAUCUUUUUAUCCAGUAGUGCUAGUCUUACCCAUUACCAUGUAUUUUAAAUACGCCAUAAAAAGCCAUACCAAAAUCAUUGUUAAUCUAACAAGUUUUGUAGUAACAUCUUUAUUAAUUUUUGUAUUGUGUAGUAACUUUGGAACGGAUUUUAGUUAUAUAAGAAGUGUUUAUGGAUGUAUUUUGACUAUACCUGACUUGCAGCCUAAUGUUGGCUUAUUCUGGUACUUUUUCACUGAAAUGUUUGAGCACUUUAGGGAGUUGUUUAUUUAUGCAUUCCAAAUAAAUACAACUAUACUGUAUUUAAUACCUGUAUCACUAAAAUUCAGAAAACACCCGUUUUUGCUGACUGUAGCUGUCAAUUUUAUUAUAACAAUUUUCAAAUCGUAUCCCAGUGUUGGAGACGUUGGUUUUGUGCUGAGUUUAAUGCCAUCUUUCUCUCAUUUGUUUCCAUUUAGCCAACAAGGAUUUUUGGUCGGUACAAUGCUGGUAAUAUCAACAUCUUUAGCGCCGAUACUAUACUAUUUGUGGAUUUACUGUAAUUCAGCAAACGCGAAUUUCUAUUUUGGAGUGACGCUAAGUUUUGCUGUUGCUCAGAUAUUCUUGCUCACAGAUUUGUUGUUUUCGCAAGUGAAAAGGGAUUAUAUGUUGAAAUACGGCAAGGACAGAAAAAUUGAUGGUGAAGAAGGAAUUCUGUGUUUAGAAUAA